AUGCAAGGCCUGUCCUCAUCACAUAUCUCCUCCCACCACUCCAAACAAGGCCUCUCCUCAUCACAUAUCUCCUCCCACCACUCUAUAAAAGGCCUGUGCUCAUUACAUAUCUCCUCCCACCACUCCAAACAAGGCCUGUCCUCAUCACAAAUCUCCUCCCACCACUCUAUACAAGGCCUGUCCGCACAUAUCCCCUCCCACCACUCUAUACAAGGCCUGUCCGCACAUAUCCCCUCCCACCACUCUAUACAAGGCCUGUCCGCACAUAUCCCCUCCCACCACUCUAUACAAGGCCUGUCCGCACAUAUCCCCUCCCACCACUCUAUACAAGGCCUGUCCGCACAUAUCCCCUCCCACCACUCUAUACAAGGCCUGUCCGCACAUAUCCCCUCCCACCACUCUAUACAAGGCCUGUCCGCACAUAUCCCCUCCCACCACUCUAUACAAGGCCUGUCCGCACAUAUCCCCUCCCACCACUCUAUACAAGGCCUGUCCGCACAUAUCCCCUCCCACCACUCUAUACAAGGCCUGUCCGCACAUAUCCCCUCCCACCACUCUAUACAAGGCCUGUCCGCACAUAUCCCCUCCCACCACUCUAUACAAGGCCUGUCCGCACAUAUCCCCUCCCACCACUCUAUACAAGGCCUGUCCGCACAUAUCCCCUCCCACCACUCUAUACAAGGCCUGUCCGCACAUAUCCCCUCCCACCACUCUAUACAAGGCCUGUCCGCACAUAUCCCCUCCCACCACUCUACACAAGGCCUGUCCUCAUCACAUAUCUCCUCCCACCACUCCCUACAAGACCUGUCCCCAUCACAUAUCUCCUCCCACCACUCCCUACAAGGCCUGUCCUCAUCACAUAUCUCCUCCCAUCACUCCCUACAAGGCCUGUCCUCAUCACAUAUCUCCUCCCACCACUCUAUACAAGGCCUGUCCUCAUCACAAAUCUCCUCCCACCACUCUAUACAAGGCCUGUCCUCCUCACAUAUCUCCUCCCACCACUCCAAACAAGGCCUGUCCUCAUCACGUAUCUCCUCCCACCACUCUAUACAAGGCCUGUCCUCACAUAUCUCCUCCCACCACUCCAAACAAGGCCUGUCCUUCUCACAUAUCUCCUCCCACCACUCUAUACAAGACCUGUCCUCAUCACAUAUCUCCUCCUACUACUCUAUACAAGGCCUGUCCUCAUCACAUAUCUCCUCCCACCACUACAUAUAA